GUCGGCUCCCUCUACGCUCCCUCUUCGCCGUUGAGCAUUUGCCAAGAGUGGACGUUCGCGUACGUUGAGUGAUAUCGAGUUUAAUCCAAACGAGUGGUGACGCUCUCUUAUUUCGUUGAACUCCUGAGACACUUUGCCCGGCGAGUUCGAACAGUAGAGAGUAGGCGCAUCACGCUACCGGUUUCUUUGAGUUGUUGAAUGGCUAACAGUCAAGACGACAACAUGGAAAACGGCGAAGAUUUCUCGCAGGACGUGAAAGCGGAACCCAAUUUCGUGCAAGACGAUCAAAUGAACGGACAGAACAGUGAACAGAAUGGCGAAAACAACGGUGGCGAGGAAGAUGAUGACCUGCCGGUGGACAGCGGUGCCGCCGAUGCGCCCGGUCGCGGUGACGACAGGUACGUACCGAAAACGAAAUUGUUUGUUGGUGGACUUAGCUGGGAGACUAGAGAUAUUGAACUACGAGAACACUUCGGCAAAUACGGCGAGAUCGAAAGUAUAAAUGUCAAGACAGAUCCAAACACUGGCAGGUCGCGAGGCUUUGCUUUCAUCGUGUUUAACACCCCCGACGCCAUAGACAAGGUUGUUGAAGCCGGAGAACAUGUAAUCAAUGGCAAGAAAGUGGAUCCGAAGAAAGCUAAAGCGCGCCAUGGUAAAAUCUUUGUCGGUGGCCUCACCAACGAGCUAACAGACGAUGACAUCCGGAAUUACUUCACGCAAUUUGGCACAAUCGUCGAAGUUGAAAUGCCAUUCGACAAGACGAAGAACCAGCGCAAAGGAUUCUGCUUCAUCACAUUCGAAUCGGAGCAAGUCGUUAACGAGCUUCUCAAGACACCCAAACAGACUAUCAAUGAUAAAGAGGUGGACGUCAAGAAGGCGACACCCAAGCCCGAUGCAAUGGGCAAUAUGCGGGGCGGCCGCAUGAUGCGCGGUGGCGGUCGUGGCCGCGGACGGGGUAAUUACGGCAAUCAGAACUGGGGCAAUCAGGGUUACGGUGCGUACGGCGGCUACGGUCAGAGUGGCUACGGUGGCAAUUACGAUGGCUACAGCGGUGGCUAUGAUUACUACGGCGGCGGUUACGGCGGAUACGGAGGCUACGACUACUCAAGCUAUGGCGGCAAUUAUGAUUACGGCCACGGGUAUGAUGGCGGCUACGGCGGCGGCGGCGGUGGUGGUGGCAGAGGGGGCAAUCGCGGCAAAGGUUCCGGCGGUGGUGGUGGCGGAGGCGGUGGUGGCUACAAUGGCGGCAAACAACAGGGCGGACGUGGUGGCCGCAACCAAAGAACUCAACCAUAUUAAUUUUACGAAUAAUUGUGAUCAGUACCUUUGUUUUUCGAACUUCAUUUAUCUCAUUAGCCUACGAUUUCAUUUAGCAGCCAGACAACUUGGAACACGCACUAGUUAAAGUCAUUCCAUUUGUAAUCGUUUUCCGAGGACCGGCGCCCAUCGUCGCAAGCAACAAAUCGCAAUUUACUCGUUUUAGUUUAAUCCUUACUAUUUAAUUUUGGAGACAGAUUAAGUGUAUGUAUAUGACAAUUAAAAUUGAAAAGAUCACGCGCGCGAUUGCGGAUUACUUAAACAAACAAGAAAGAAAAAAACUCAUCGAAGAAUGUCUUUUUAUUUAUCAGAAUGAAGUUAAAAUUUAAAUAAAACUAUAAAUAAAGUAAAAUAUGAUAGAAAUGCAUUGUGUGCCCGACACGCAGCAUGCUAACUCUCUCCAUUAACGUAUAAGUCUAAAUCUAAACAAAGAACGUUAAAAAGUCUAACUGUGUAUUAGAUGCAAACCGCAGACAAAGCAGAGAAAAGCAGUUUUAAUUUUUUAAUAUUUAAGAAAUAAGACAUGAACGCGGAGACGCGCUACUAUUUGUUUUAAAACUUAGUAAAGUAGGUAACAUAGUAUCUUCCUGUAUUACAUUUUUUUAUUUAUAUACUUAUGAGUUGUGUCGCCGAAUGUAAUGGUGUAAUUGAAAUAUAAUUGUACUCUUCA